AUGGAGGGCACCAAGUUCCUUGGGAACGAGUACGAGAACGAGAUUCUCUUCUGGUCCGUAUUGAGACUAGCUGCUGUUGCAAUCACGAGAGUGUUUCAUCAUCCAAUCACUCCCUACUUCCAAUCGUUACCAGGAAUCCAAAAUACCAAUACUACGUAUGCUAGUAUCAGGCGCUGGCAUCGCCGGUCCAACUCUCGCGUUCUGGCUUGCCGAACACUCGCAAAGAUUCUUCAUGACGGUACAAGGGAGGAGGCUGAGUAUAUCUUUGACGCUUUCGCCAACCCCACGCCCCAACGAGAAUUCGACCUCCUCGUCGCAAGCGACGGCCUCGGCUCACCUACCCGCUCUCUCAUCUUUGCCCACGCGGAAAAGACUUGCAUACGCUCUCUGAACCAGUACACAUCCUACUUCAGCAUCCCCUACCAAGACUCCGACGGUACCUUGGCACGUUGGUACAAUGCCCCAGGCCGCCGCUGCAUACUGACGCGCCCUAACAAUGCGGGCAAAACAAUAGUGUUCCUGUCCAUCAUCAGCAUCUCGGAGAAGCUCCAGAGCCAUAGCAAGCUCUCCCAAAAUGAGCAGAAACAGUCGACGCACAAAAUCUUCCCCGACGCCGGCUGGGAAGCCUCACGUGUGCGUGCUGGUAUGGACACAACGGAUAACUUUUACAUGCAGUCGAACGCCCAAGUUAAGCUCGACAGCUGGUCGAAAGGCCGUAUGAGCGUAGUCGGCGCUGCAGCGUUUUGUCCCUCUCCCAUCAGCGGGAUGGGCACCACCGUCGCUAUCGUCGGCGCGUACAUCCUUGCUGGCGAGAUCUCCAGGUAUGGAACCGACUACGAGAAGGCUUUCGAGGCGUACGAAAGUAUCAUGAGGCCGUUCGUCGAUACAGCGCAGAGUUUGCCGCCCGGGGCGCCGGCGAUAGCGAAUUCGGAGACGGCGUGGGGCAUUAGCGUGAUGAAUAGACUGCUUGGGUUUGUUAGUUGGAAUGGGUUGGAAAGCCUGUUGGGGAGGUUUGGAGGGCCGCCGGCGGACGCGAUUGUGUUGCCGGGGCAUGAGAUGUGA